CGAGCAAGCAGCGGAACGGGUCUGCCCGGUCUGUGGCUCAUGCAGCGAGGCGGGAUACUCCUGUUGGGCUCCUCCCAGCACCCACAGGUGGGUCCCGCCUCGCAGGUGGAGUCCAGCAGAUGAGUGGCGCUUUAACCCGUCAGAGCACCGGAGACCCGCGAGUGACAGCACGGACCCACGGAGCGACAGGAUGUCUAAAAAGGAACCGAGCCCCGUGAAGAUCACCAAGACGCAGGCAUCCGACCUGACGGUGGUGAUCGCUCGCAUGCAACGCAACGCCGACCAGGUGGAGAAGAACAUACUGCAGUCAGAAGAGCUUCUGGCAGAGGACACCGGGCGAGAGACUAAGGGCGCGCCCCUGGUCCACCAGCCCCAGAACACUGCCUGCCUGGCGGAGGCGGAGGGGCUGCUGAAGGACCUGUUCCUGGACGUGGACCGCGCCCGCAAGCUGGGACACCCCCAGGUCGGGGAGAUCCAGAAGGAUGUGGUGAACCUCCAUGACCGCUGGGUGAAGGACUGCUCCAUCUACAGAGAGCUCUAUGAGCAGGUCAACGAGGUGGACUCAGGGCCCAGGCUGGACUGGGGCCGGCUGCUCCCAGAGAAGCAGAGGGAGAUAGAGGCGGAGUCCUACGGUCCUCAGCUCUCCGACGUGGAGAAGCAAGUCGCCGCCCACAACCUGCUCCACGAUCAGAUCCAGGAGUACAAGGUCCAGCUGGACCCCAAGACCAACCUGUCCAAGGAGGAGUAUGCCGCAGUUCUCAAGAAAUACAACCAGCUCCUGGACAGCUCGGAGGCCCGCCGGCGGGCCCUCUCCUCCCUCCUGGACUACAUGCAGAGCUGCAGCAAGGAACUGGGCUUCAUGUCGGACCAGCAGCAGCGCGUCCUGCAGCGAGACUGGAGCGACCAGAUGAACGACCCCGCCGGGGUCCGCAUGGAGUACGAGAAAUUUAAGAACAGUGGUCUACUGGUCCACGAGACCAACAGCAACCAGCUGCAGGAACUGGGAGACUCACUGGUGGCCAAGAACCACCCGGGGAGCCCCACCAUACUGGCUCAUAAGGAGAAGGUAGCGGCCGAGUGGCAAAAGUUCCUCAACCUCUGCCUCGCUCAGGAGACACAUCUGGACAACAUCGAGGACUACAGGAAGUUCCAGCUGGACGCAGAGACGAUGGCCGACUCCCUCAAGCGUCUCCAUGGCAACCUGGACCCCAAUGUUUCAGCCAAUAAGAGCACACCUGAAUUCCUAUUGGCACUCGAAGCGGACGAGCCGGCUGUGGAGCGUAACGUGCAGCGUCUGGCCGCCCUGACGGAGCUCAGCCACCGGGUGGCCCCGCUGAAGCAGCGCCGGGCCCCGCACCCCCGGGCCGGCCCCGCCCUCCCUGUGUGCGAAUGGACGGAACGAGGGGACUCCGUGACCCGCGGGGAGAACCUGACCCUGAGGUCCAAUGCAGACAACAGGAAGUGGGAGGUCCAGAAGGGCGACGGGACGACCAUGAGCCUACCGGGCGCCUGCGUCAUGAUCCCGCCCCCGGACACGGAGGCCCUCAAGAAGGUCGACAGCCUGGAGCAGGAGUUGACAGACCUCAAGAGACGACGCGCCGCUCUGAGGACCUCGCUGAGGACUGCGGAGGCCGACGCCGUCCGUCCACAGAGAGCUGUGUCUGUGCAGAGCUCCCCUGAGGACCCCCAGGCUGGGCUGCUGUCCGGCCAGCUGGACCGGCUGUGGAAGGACCUGGAUCAGCAGGAGAAGAAGGUCCUGACCACACUGCGGUCGCCCCUCGACCGGGGAGAACCCACCAAGGAACUGGCCCGGCGGCUCAAGGACCACGAGGAGACCACCACGGCCGUGCGGCGGCUGGAGUCCCAGAAGGCAGCCGUCCAGCGCGAGAUGGCACCGAUUAUUACCCAGAAGCCCCUGGGGCCCACCACCGCCACGCUGCCCGUCAAGAUGGACGCCAUCAACAGCAAGUUCAACAAUGUCAACACCCUGAUGGAGCUCUACAACAAGAAAGCAACCGCGGUCAUGUUCCUGGAGAAACAGCUCCACCGUGUGGACGGAUCGGUCUCUGCUUCAGAGGAGCAGCUCGCUGCGGACGGCCCGUUGUCGGCCGCUCCCGGCGCCCUGAAGGACCGCAGCAAACAGCUACAGACCAUGCAGUCGGAGCUGCAAUCCCAGCAGGACGAAGUCUAUAAACUGGGCCGGGAGCUGGAGCUCACCCAGCAGGCCGGAAGUCCUCUGCAGAAGGUCUACAGCGAGUACUGUCCCGAUAUCCACCACCAGGGGGCGCAGGUGAAGCAGCUCAAGAACCGCUACACCAACAUCAACAAUGAAUUGCAGGAGAGGAUGAGGAUCAUCCAAGAGGCUAACAACAAGAACCAAGCGUUCCAGAAUGCGGCCCAGUCUCUGGACUUCUUCCUGGUCAACCUCCCCAACAACAACAUCCUGGCCUCCGACGAAUCGGCUCAGAUCAACAGCAAACACAACUCUCAGAAGAGGAUCGUGGUGGACAUCCAGAGGAAGGCGGAUGACUUGGAGCGAGUCAAGGAGCUUUCUUAUGACCUGCAGAGCGUCCUCAAUGAGUAUGAUGUCAGAUCCAAGAAGUUUCAGGGAACUUUGGCCGACGAUGACAAUGAAGAAACAGAGAUCCUUCCGAAGGCAACACUUAAGGAUGCUGUACAGAAGAAGGAGCGAGACCUCAUCAACCUUUACUCUGAGGUGUCUGCGGAGAACACCCAGCUGCUCAGCCAGAUGAAGAUGGCCAAGAACAUCAAGACCAGGAGUGAGGAGCAGGUGAGCCAGGUGGUGGUGAAGCAGCAGAUGCAGCUCCAGAGCGAUAAGAAGACCCUGGAGGAGAAUGACGUCCUGAAGAGGGAGCUCAACGAGGAGAAGGAACGGCGCGUCCACACCGAGAACAACCUGGAAACCUACAGACAGAGGUUCGUCUCGCUGAAGAGCCGGAGAGGAGUCGAGCGGCUGGAGGAGAAGGAAGUGGUCCAAUACUACCGGGAUCCCAAGGUGGAGGCUGAGCUGCGGUCCCUGAAGAACAAGAUCCAGGAGGAGACCUCAAAGAGGUCGGAGACACGCACCAAAAUAGAGAUCACCACAGAGAUGGUUCUCAAGAUGGAGAGGCAGCUGUCCACCAUCGAGCCCAAGCUGGUGACCAAGGUCCUCACAGAGUACGAGAGAGACCCUCAGCUCGACAAGGAGAUGACCAGGAUUCGAGAAGAGAUGAGUAGGAUGCGUAUGGACCUGCAGACAAGAGAUACGGAAACAGUGCAGAUGAGGACAGAGAUUACGGUGUUAUCUCAACGGGCCCCAAAAAUCAAGCAGAGGGUGGUGAAGAAGGUGGUGAUAAGGCUGGACAAGGAUCCAGAGAUGUUGAAGUCCGUCCUCAUUUUCCAGAACGAGAUCGCAGACGAGGGGAACCGAUGCCAGUUACUCAAUGAAGACAUCUUUAGCACAAGGUCCGAAAUCAACACGCUGGAGAGGGUCAUUCCAACCAUCCAACCCAAGAUCGUCACCAAGGUGGUGAACCAGGUGCAGCAAGACCCCGACCUGGUUGAAGAAUCAAGGAAGCUCCGCAUGGCCCUUGAGGAAGAGGUAGAAGAGAAUCACAUCCUGAUCAAGGAUCUGACCGCUCUAAAGCUGCGCUACAGUGAAGUGGAAAAGAUCAGACCAAGGGUGGAGAUCAAUGAGGUCGUCAACGAGAUCUACAGGGUGGAUCCGGAGACGGAGCUGGAGCUGGUGAGGCUGAGGAAACUGCUGGCGGAGUUCAGUCGAAACCGUGCUGAUUUAGAGAAGGAAACCACCACAGUGACGAAGAGCCUGACCACUGUUCGCUCUCAGAAGCCAAAGAUCGAGUACCAGGAGGUCACUCAGGAGCUGAUCAAAGAGGAGAAGAGCCCGGAGGUGCUCAGAGAGCUCCAGAGGCUGAACAACCAGGUGUCUCGUCUGCAGCUGAACUACGACACUACCCUGGAUCUGCUGAAACGGCUCCGGAACGAAAGGGAUGUGCUGAAGCUCGAAAAGUCCAAGGUGGAGUUGCAGCUGGUCAACAAAGAGGUGAUCAGAUAUGAGAAUGACCCGCUGCUGGAGAAGGAGGCUGACAGAAUGCGGAGGAACUAUAGGGAGGAGGUGCAGGCACGACGGAGUGUGGAGGAGGCCGUCUUCGACCUGCAGAACAAAUACAUUGUCCUUGAGAGGCAAAAGCCAGAAGAGCUGAUUGUUAUUACGGAGCUGAUCCGUCUUGAGCGAGACCCUAAGCAGAUAGUGGAGCACGAGAAGCUCAACCAAACCAUGGAUGACGAAGUGAAGGCUCGCCGAAAGCUUGAGCUACAGGUGAGACAGCUCCGAUCCUUGGUUGAGGAAAAGGAGAAACUAGUGUCCCAGACAGAUGACCGCCAGAAGAAGAUUCAAGUAGAGAUGGAGCUCAGGCAGAUCAGGUCCCUCAUUCUUGAGCUGGAGAAUGCUCCAGCUCCCAUCGAGGAGAAGAUCAUCAUCGAAGAGGUCCUCAAGGUGGAGAGGGACCCCCAGCUCGAGAAACUCACAGAUGAGCUGCGCAGGAACAUGGAGAUGGAGAGCAAUAACAUCAGUAGCAUCGAGAGAGAAAUCCGCAACCUGAUGGUCAAGAUAGAGGUCGUGCAGAAAGAGAAGUCCUGUGAGAAGGUGGUUUACAGAGAGGUGGUCCGUGUGGAGAAGGACCCCGCGGUGGAGGCUGAGAGGGACCACCUCAGGGAACGCCUGACGCAAGAGAAAAACUUCAGGAGGGACCAGGAAGAUAACAUCGGGAGAAUGAGUUCAAGGCUGAUCCGUCUGCAGACUUCGAGGUCCAGCACUUCUACGGAGGAGACCUCUCUCACCCUGAGUCGAGAUACACUCCAGAAGGAGAAGGACAACCUCCUCAGGGAGCUCCGGACGCUGGAGACGGAGAGGCAGACGGUGAGCACCACGUUCCACCAGCAGUCCAAGAUAGUGAGCGAGCGGACCCAGGUGACCCGGCAGCGAAGCGUCAAGACACAGACAGAGCUGCAGCGACUGGAGAGAGAGAUCCUGAACGAAAAGGAGAAGAUCAAUCAGAAGGACUCCCUCAUCCUGGAGUUACUGAACAGCGUGAAGAAAGAAGAGCACACGGAGACCCACACCAGAGAAACCAACCUGUCCACCCGUAUCUCCAUCUUUGAUCCAGAGACUGGUCAAGACAUGUCUCCAUACGAUGCCUACCUCCAGGGCCUGAUCGACAAGAAGCAGUACAUCAAUCUGCAGGAGCUAGAGAGCGACUGGGAGGAGAUCAGGUCCAGUGACCGGGAGGGUGAGACUAUAAUGCUGCAGGAUCGCAAGAGUGGGAAGCAAUACUCCAUCGAUGAGGCUCUGAGGGACGGACGCCUGACCCAAUACGAACUGCAGUCCUACAAGGACGGAAAGAUGCACAUCUCUGAAUUUGCUCUCCUUGUUGCGGGUAUAACCCAGAAGCCAUACAUUCCUACAAAGACGAUCCCAAAGUCGCCGACAACAUUCCUGGAUUCCUCCCCUCUCAACUCCAUGCCCCCUUCCCUUCGGACUUCGUUCCCCACUCUUAACACUCAACCUUACUCAAGCCUUUCCCGUCAGAAAAGCAGCAGCAUGGGCAGCCUGUUGUCCACAGCAGGGGACGAGCUUUACCCGAUCUCCGGCAUCUUCGACACCACCACUGAGAGCCGCAUGUCUGUGAGGAGCGCGCUCACACGCAGACUCAUUGACCCCAACACGGCCCUCAAACUCCUGGAGGCCCAGGCGGCAAGCGGGGGGAUAGUCGACCUCAACAAGAAGGACAAGGUGUCGGUCCACCAUGCGGUUAAGAUCGGGCUCAUAGACCAGGGGAACAUGCACACCUUGCUCCACGCACAGAAGGCCUUCACCGGGGUGGAGGACCCCCAGACCAAGGAGCGCUUGUCCACGGGGCAGGCGGCGGAGAAGGGCUGGAUCCCCCACGAGAGCGCGCUGAGGUACCUGGAGGCCCAGCACCUCACCGGGGGGCUGGUGAACCCGGCCAAGACGGGCCGCCUCACUGUUACGGAGGCGCUGGCCGGCAGGCUGAUCAGCGAGGAGGUGGCCAAACACCUGCGGGACGAGGCCUCGUUCCCCGCGGAGCUGGUGGACCCCGUCACCAAGGAGAAGAUCACCUAUAAGCAGGCCAUGGAGCGCUGCCAGAAGGACCCGACCACAGGGCUGCUGCUGCUGCCUGCAGUCUCCACCGACGCCAACCCGCCCUCCUACUCCAACUACCACUUCAAUUCCACCAGCCAGGUCUGAUCCCCGCAGGAGACCCCCACAGGUGCUAGGACGGCUUUAAUGAGAAUAAUCCAAUGUCAGAGGAGUUAUGCUAUAUCUCUGUUUACAUGAAGGUAUGAAUCGUCUUUGUUUCUUGUUUUGAUCAAACUGUUUGUGUGUGUUCUUUUAAAAGCUAGCUAGGAGAUAUUGUAACGUUUGUGUUUUGAUCCUCUGAACUUGGGGUUUCUGGUUUCUUGAUUCAAAUCCAUCCCAUUCCUGAUAAGCUCUUAAAUUAAAUAAAAUAAUAAUAAAUAAACGUUGA